CCUGCCCAGGAAAACAGCGGAGCGGAGCGGUGCGCACCUUUCUUCUCUAUCCAUCCUCCUGUCCUGUCCCUCCCUCUCUUCCCUCAUUCUCGACGGCCUCUGACUACCUGCCACUGCUGGCUGCUGCAGCUUCUUCGUUCUUCCCGCUUCUGCAGCCGCUCUGUUAAUUGCCCAACCGCAGCUAUAGAGGGGAACCCAGUUAUCUGUGGACAUUAACGGACUGUUUUGGCUUGUGGAUUCCUUUUUGUAUGAAUGGCGGAUUCUGAUAAAGCUCAGCCGGCUGACACCGGAGGAAAGGCUGAACAGUCCAGUGAGAUGCAACAAUCUGACCCAGUUUGUAAUUUCUUCAGGAAACCCUUGAAAAAUAAAAAUAUGAGGAAACGGACUGUCGUGGAAGACGAGGAUGAAGACUCCGAAGCCGAUGGUUCUCUUUUGCAUGUUCAGAAGAAACCUCAAAAGAUGGAUAAUAAGUUGUAUUUCUCGACGGGAUCCUCCAAGCAGUCAGCCCAUGAGUCUGAGUCUAAGGGUCAAUCCCAAGCACCCGUGUUCCACUUUGAUUCCUCGAGGGAAAUUCAAGUGGAGAAUGACAGCAGAGCCACAGCAACACUGGAAACUGAGACGGAGUUUACUAGAGAUGCUCGAGCAAUCCGAGAAAGAGUCCUCAAGCAAUCGAACGAUGCAAUUAGUGGGAAAGGCAAGAGCGCUAGCGAUGAAAAGCUGUAUAAAGGGAUCCAUGGGUACACUGAUUACAAGGCAGGUUUCAGAAGAGAGCAGACUGUUUCUAGUGAGAAGGCGGGUGGGGCGCAUGGGCCCCUCAGGGCUUCUGCUCAUAUUAGAGUGUCUGCUAGAUUUGAUUACCAGCCUGAUAUAUGCAAAGACUACAAAGAGACUGGAUAUUGUGGGUAUGGAGAUGCUUGCAAGUUUAUGCACGAUAGGGGAGAUUACAAGUCAGGGUGGCAAUUGGAAAAGGAUUGGGAAGAGGCUGAGAAGGCGAGGAAGAGAAAGCUUGCUAUGGGAGUGGAUGAUCAAGAUGAGGAGGAUGAGGACGAUGAUGAGGAUGAAGAUGCACUGCCUUUUGCAUGUUUUAUCUGCAGGCAGCCAUUUGUCGAUCCAGUGGUGACAAAAUGCAAGCAUUAUUUUUGUGAGCAUUGUGCUUUAAAGCAUCAUGCAAAGAACAAGAAAUGCUUUGUCUGCAACACCCCCACCCAUGGGAUCUUCAAUGCUGCUCACGAGAUACGUAAGAGGUUGGCGACCGGGAGCAAGGGCAAAUAAAUGAAUUCCAGUAGCUCAGUUGGUUUUAGUGUCUUUUGCUAGGUGCAAGUCAUGUCGAAUAUGUCAUGAUAUCUUUUAGGGGGCCACAGGUGCGAGUUGCUGGUGAGUUUUGUCAGCCAAUACUUGGGCAACCAUGGAGCAUGGGAGCCAGAUAUGCUUCAUCCACAGUUGAUUAGCCUAUUUGCUCGCGAUUAUGUGUAGUGUAGAAUCCAGUGUCCUCUCCUCUCUUGUAGCAAAUUUUUGUAGUUUCCAGUUUUUAUGUACUCAGCUUUCUGAUGCAACGUGAAAGAACUGGGGAUCAGCUCAAUCGAGCAGUUAUGGCUUUUGCUUGAUUGAAAGUGAAAUCAAAUCAAUGGGAGGGAUAGGAUAGGAAUCCUCUCCAGAUGGCAUGGGAAUUGCUAUACAAUUAAUGUGAAUGGAUGACUAAUUCUAUC